UGAGGACGACAGGGUCCGAGGAGGAGGCUGCCAGUAGCUGCGAGGGACUGCUCCCAGCUGGGCUGCCGUCCGGCUCGCUGGGCAGGGGCGCUGUCUCUUUAAGGAGGAGGGUGCCUGGGUUGGCGGGGCGGGCCUGGGCUGCUUCCCUCGCCGGGCUCGCGGGCCAAGGGGCCCUGUUCCAGCAAUGCCCUGGCUGGUGCACCUGGGCCCUCCUGCGGUGCAGCGCGCGCUGGCCCCGGGGGCGCUGCUCCGAGCCGCCGCGCGCAUCGUCCGGAGCAAGGUGGGCAGCCCCGGAGCAGCAGCGGGAGCCCCGCCGUUCCUAGGCGGCCAGGUGCAGGCUGGCCCCGCUGGAGGCGAAGCUAGAGAGGCUCCGCACAAGAGGCAGCAUCGACGCAGCUUCCGACAGGGGUGCAGCUGGCUCGCCCUGGGCGGCCUGCGCCUGCAGAGCCCCCUCCGCCUCCUGCCCGCUGCUGCGCUGCUUGCCCCAGCCGAUCCCAGCCGCCGGGCCGGCUGCAGCGCGGCUCAGGCGGGUUAUCUGCCCCCGCACAAGGGCUUCGGCUACAAACAGCAGGUGCCAGAGGACGCCGAGUCCAGCCAUCUGCAGCCCCAGAUAACUCUGCAAGCAACUGCCAGCAACUUCCCCAGCAGCGGGAGCUCCGGGAAGGACACAAGUAGAUCCCCUGAAAAGGAAGUCACGGAUCCCAGUGAUGAAGACGAGAAGAAACCCAACAAAUCCCAGCAGCUGAAAAAAGUUUUUAAAGAAUAUGGCGCUGUAGGAGUUUCAUUCCACGUUGGAAUUUCGUUAAUGUCUUUGGGAAUAUUCUACCUGGCUGUUUCAAGUGGUGUGGACAUGACUGCAGUUCUCCUAAAACUUGGAUUCAAUGAAGCAUUGGUGCAAUCCAAAGUGGCUGCUGGUACAAGCACAUUUGUGUUGGCCUACGCUAUUCACAAAGCGUUUGUUCCAGUCCGAAUCAGCAUUACCUUAGUUUCUGUGCCAUUUCUUGUCCGAUAUUUCCGUAAGAUUGGUUUCUUCAAACCGCCUGCCUCAAACCCAUGAUUUAAAAAAAGAUUUCAUAUAUGUUCAUAUAGCUUUUUAAAGUGCUGUGCAACUGCAGUUACCGUAUUUGGACUCAUGUUAAUACUGAUCUCAUCUUGCAUUUUUGACUUGUCUUUUCAGGUAAAUGUUUCUUUCGGGAAAAGGUUGAUAUCCACUUUCGUUUCCUUCUCUUCCCUUGAGAACUUUGUUAAAAUGGUAUCUGAAAACUCCUGCAAGUGAUAACAUAAGCACUUACCUACCAAUGAGGAAACUGUUUAGAACAUAUAUCUUAGUAUCUUUUCAGCUCAGCCUUUUAGGCCUUACUUUUUUCUUGGUGAAACACACUUGCUACAGUGCAGCACUAGUUCAUAAUAGUGUAUUUCAGGAACUAAAUUAAGGUUGAAUCCCCAUUUAAUUAUUCUCUGAAGCAUACUCUGUCCUAUCAUGUGACUGCCUCUGUUGAUACACCAACUCAGUGCUUAGUAUUUAUCUGCUGCCCAUUUAAAAUAAUUUGUUGCUCUGAAAAGACACUCUUGCCAUGCUGUACUUCCAUACUUCUAAGUUGUAUGGUUACUGAGCAUGACUUAAAAGCUCACUCUCCUGGUUGGCUAGCAGCUUGCCCUACUGGAAUCUUAUUUAUACUAGAGUGCUGUAGACUGAGUGAAAUCCUGACUCCCCUGAAGUCAAUGGAAAUUUUGUUACUGACUUAAGGGGACCACAAUUUCAGUCUGUGGGCAUGAUCCAAAGCCCAUUGAAGUCGGUGGCAAGACUUCGAUAGGCUUUGAUGUGGUGGAUCAGGCCCUGUAUUAGCAGACAUGUUUACAACUGGAAUCGAGCUGUAGCAGGUUCUCAACCCCUGCAGAAGCUCACAUACAUUCCUGAAGUCCAUAUGCUAUAAUUUUGCAGACUGUUGUGUGCACCAGCUAGUUACUUGAUUCUUAUAUUAAACUAACAAUUAAGACUUAAUAUGGGAAUGAUCUAUACUUUUAGGACUCUUUAUUGCUCACAUCAGAUACCAUUUUAAAGUGCUGUUUCCUUAGAUGUUUGAGUUGUCCAUUUGGCUUGCUGUUCACAACUCAAUAUGGCAUGUUUCUACAAACUGCUGCAAUGUCUAUACUUCAUCAAGCCAAGAAAUCUGCAGGUCUGAGCUACCUACUAUGGGAUGCAUAUUAACUAUUUUAAUGUGAACAGAAAAAAAGCUUAGUUCUGAUCUCUACAGUAAAUUCCAAACACUUACCAAUGUGCUACAUUGCUCUUGCAUUGCAGAAGCAUUACAGUGAAGUCAAGGGUAUGUCUGUGCAUACCGUGGAUCAAUGCUGCCGUGAUCGAUCCACUGGGGGUUGAUUUAGCAGGUCCAGUGAAGACCCGCUAAAUCGACCACGGAUCGCUCUCCCAUCGACUCCAGUACUCCACCAGAACAAGAAGCAAAGGUAAGUCGACGGGAAAGCUUCUCCUGUCGACCCAGCGCAGUGUAUGCACGACAGUAAGUCGGCCUAAGCUACAUCGACUCCAGCUAUGUUAUUCACUUAGAUUGACUUAACCCUGUAGUGUAGACCUACCCUAAGUGAGAUUGACCUAAAUGAGCACUUGGUAGUAGUUUUAGGCCCAAGAUUUAGAUUUUUUUUGUUUUUAAUUACAAAAUGAAAUAGAAAUAGUUUCAGUAGCUUUAUCUGGAUGUUCCUCUGCAGUGUUGGUAAAAUGAACACUGCAGCAUAAUGCAAGUGAAAUGGAAUAUAAACAGAUUAAUUUAGCUUCACCCUCCAAGCUGAGGGAAGUGCAAAGAACUAAGGAGCUGUCAAAAUUGCAAUAAACUUAUUCUUUUAAAUAAUUGGUUGAAAAUUGCUUCUUAAAUAUUUUAUUACUGUGACAAUGUUCCUAUCAUAAUGUGGUACAUAUAGCUAUGCAAUACAGUUAUUGUGUAUGCCUCAAGGGAUUUUGAUGACUUAGGGCUAAAUUGGCAGCUUGCAAGCUGCCCUGAGUAAGGGGAAGCAUAUAACUGCACUACCCCAGGAGCAGAGGCCAUAUUGUGACUAAGAGUUGCAGUGUGGUCCCUGCUUCCUCUUUGCUCCAUGGGAGAUGUAAGCUGUGCCAGCCUUCUUUCUAAUGUAGCUUAAAUCACCUUGUCCACCUGUUCUGCUGCUCGGGCCGGCUCACUGCCUGGCCAGGAGAGAGUUAGCUGCUCCUAGGUGGCUGUAUUCCCUCUUGUAUUGUGACCCAUGAUGCAGGUAGUUUGUGCAGAGGCAAAAUGGGGUGCCUCACAUCCCUGAAGUGGUGUGUAAGCUAGUUUGUGAUUGAGUCUAUAAGUAACCCUGAAAUCAGCUUAUCAAGCAGAGUUUACAUUUUAUUUUAUUUUAAUUGCUGGAAUGUUUUGACUUUUUUUAUUGAAAUUGCCUUCUGGUGAUACUACUGAAUAAUAGACUUUCUGGAUAAAAUUAAAAUAUUUUUAAGUAACCAUUGAAGGUGGUGGUGGGGUUGUUGUUGCAUUGUUAAUUCCUAACAGUAACUUCCCAAGUCUCCUACAAUUUGCUAGCUGCUAAAACAUUUCGGGGAUUUUAAGGAAAUUUAGACAUUCUACUCAAGGUCGAACACUGAUUCCUUUUUAAAAAAGGAAACAUGUAUUUUUCUAUUAUCACUAUUAGAAAAACAAGUAGCAUUCCAGUCCUUCUAUCCAUCACUUCCUGUAAUGCAGUCAUGAUUUUCUGGUUUCUGGAAACAAUGCUUACUUUAGAAGUCACCAGCAUGCCACACACUGCUUAUAUUUUAAAAGUUUAAUUUCAUUUGCUGAGUGAAGUAACUAAACUGCACUUGUCCCCUUUAAAUCAGAUUGAGACACUAUUUUUUACCUCUGCAUUAGACAAAUCUGGUUGUAAAAACUGUCAUUUGCAACUUUUUGUUUAGAUUAACCUUCUUGCAAUGUAUUUUAAAUCAAGAAUAUAUUUUGAAUUUCUGAAUCAUUUGUAAGCUUGAAAACAAUUAGUUUGUGAAAUAGUAGUAAAGGUCUUAUAGAAUUGUUAACACUGGUAGAAAAUACAAUAAAUAUUUUUUUCCCUUCUA